AUGCAAGAAGCCAGACCGGUACGUCUCUUGUUCCUUCCUCCAGAGAAACGACUCAGACCAAUAAACUUCAAGUCAGUUGAAGAUCGCGCAUUAGCUCUGCACGAGCAUAUCUUUGCUCAGCCCCAAGAGAGAUUCGCGAACCAGCCCUGGGAGUUGGUCAAGGCCAUCGAGACCUUCGCACAGAACAAGCAUAUGAUGAUCUUCAAAGAGAACAAAUUAACCUUAGCACGUCAACAACUUCAAGGUCUGCAGCCACCUCCGAAGACAAUAAUCGAAUUCGGUACCUUAAGUGCUCAGGUAGCUCGAGACCUCAUUCGCCUGGCUGGGCUGGAAGACCUUGUUCGUGUCCUGGAGGGGCCUGCUGCGGAAUCGCUCAAGAAGUUGCAUAUAGAGGGAAAGGUGAAGCCGAGAGCAGUGGAUAUGGCGUUCUUCGAUCACUGGGAGAAGUUCUAUUUGCCUGACUUGCAGCUCUGUGAAGACCUCAACCUUUUCCACACAGGGUCUCUGGUCAUCGCCGAUAAUACCGACUUUCCUGGAGCUCCUGACUAUCCGGCGUAUGUCAAGGCUGGGGGUCGAGGAGGAAAGGGGACUGUUCGCUAUGAUAGUCAGUCAUUGGAAGCGGUAGCGGAAGAGGGUCACCCGAGUGAUGCUGCACGAUUCCAAGCAUUGAAGUCCCUUCCUCAGCAGGACGAUUGUCCGAAUCCUAUCCAUCAUGUACAUCAAAUACCUCCCCCCCAUACAUACACAUCGCGAUUGACCAACUCCAAACACAGGGCCGUGUUCUCCCUCAUCAUAAUCAACAAAGCGGGCGGCUUGAUCUACCAGCGUGAAUUCCAGCCGGGACUGCGCAAACUCUCCACAAACGACUACCUCGUCCUAGCAGGGACGUUUCACGGCGUCCACGCCAUCACCCGCUCCAUCACCCCCAAAAUCCCCAUCUCCGCGCCCCUCCCAACAACACCCGCUUCCUCCUCAAACGUCGCCCUCUCGUCCCCCUCGGGCACAUCCACCCCGACGCCGGCUGCGUCGGCAUACAGCCUCCCUAACCCCGGCGUACCAGUGACGGGCCUGGAAUCUCUCGAGACGGAUAAGUUCCGGUUAACGUGUUUUCAGACGUUGACGGGGACCAAGUUCCUCUUGUUCACGGAUCCGCUCAUGGCGAAUAUCGAUGCGGUGAUGAAGAAGAUUUACGAGUUAUAUUCGGACUAUGUGAUGAAGAAUCCUUUUUAUCAGCUGGAGAUGCCUGUUCGGUGUGAGGCGUUUGAUCGACAUCUAGGCGGUUGGCUGAGGAGGACAUGA